AUGGCUUCAAGCACGAAUUCUAAGCGACAGAAUACCCUUACCUCUCUCAGCCCAUACCCAAAGCCUACUAUAAGCGUUGAGGAGUGGGAGGCGAAGGCACCGCUGAGCGACCCUGAGGCGCGCAGCGUGAAUCUCGUGAAGAAGGCCAGCGAGCGUAGCUCGUUGCCAUCUAAGUCCAGCGUAGAUGAAUCUGCAUCGUCUUCGCGGCCGUCAACCCCGACCGUUCGUAAUAAAUUAGCCUUCGGAUCUCGUCCCUCAACACCCAACCCGUUGACCGCAUCGCGUUCUCAACCCUCACAUUUACAUGCGCUCCAUCCAAAGCAGCCCAUCCAGACGCCACAACAAUACUACGAUUGGUUCGCUCUCAUAGACAGGUCCGUCACGCACAGCCAAGAAGCUCACUUCCGUGCGCAUCUGGCAGGUGUCGCAGAGCAUCUUGACACUUGUGAUGGGCUCGUGCAGCGAAUCGACGAGGUAGAUCAGGCCUUGGAAACUAUGCUGCAAGAGUGGAGGAGCGUGGAGGACGGCGGGAAAAGUCUCAAGGAUGCUUGUGAACAACUCCUUGAGGAACGAGACCGGCUCAUCAGCAUGAUGGAAGCGAUUGGUGAGAGGCUGGAUUACUUCCAGGAGCUCGAGCAUGCCACGCGCAUGUUGAAUUCCCCUGGAGAUUCGCUGGUACUGCAGACAGACUUCCUGUAUAUGGUCGAGCGCGUGGAUAUCUGCAUUGAUUACCUGAAGACACACCGCCAUUUCCGCGAAGCAGAGAUUUACCUCCUACGAUUCCAGCAAUGCAUGACUAGGGCGAUGACGCUGAUCAAGAUGUACUUCGUUGGAUCCCUACGUGCGCUGACGCAGGACGUGUCGAGGCGUAUGUCCGAAAAGGAUGUCUCAGCGACAGCACAGAUGCAUCUUCUGUACACGCGUUUCAAUUCAGUUUCGUCACAGCUAGCACCGUUACUGGCAGAGCUCGAGCGCCGAGCGCAGGUGCACCCUGAAGAGCUCUCUGCGCUGCUGUCAGAAUGUCAUACGGCGUAUUUUGCUGCACGUAAGAGCCUGCUUGUGGGCAGGUUAGUGGAAGAGAUUAGGGGAUUGGACCCAACCAGGACGGAACUCGUGGAAUUGACCAGAGCCGGAUGUAGCUAUCUGAAGCAACUCUGCACGGACGAGUUCAACCUCUUCCGUUCGUUUUUCAACUCGGGCGAAGAGCAGCUCUACCAGUACCUGGAAAACCUCUGUGACUACCUAUACGACGAUCUCCGUCCACGCAUCCUGCAUGAGCCGCGUCUAACUGCGCUCUGCGAAGUAUGCACCGUGCUGCAGGCGCUGAUGGUCCUCGACGUACCUCUGCCGGAGGGCGACUCGGAUGAGGAGACGGACGAGCUUCUACUGGACCUCGAGCAUCGCCCCCGCAGGAAGAAGCUUGGUCUGCGGAUGCUUCACAUCAGCCACCUGCUGGAGAUGGUCCUCCAAGACGCACAGACACGGUUAUUUUUCAAAGCACAAGCAGUCAUUCAGUCUGAUGUACGGUAUUAUGUGUCUAAGCCUGAGGACCUCGCAUAUCCCGACAAACUUGUAGCAGCGAGGAAGCCUGUGUCAAAUAUGGAGGGGGGUACCGUAGAGAAGGAGAGCGUGAGCGAGCUGUUCAAGUUGAAGUCUAUGGACAAGCAAGAUACGUGGUACCCCACUCUGCGUACGACCGUUUGGGUGCUAUCGCAACUGCAUGAAUUCGUGAAGCCCGCUAUCUUUGAUGAUAUCGCACAGGAGGCAGUUACGCUUUGCAGACAAUCCCUUGUCAGCGCUUCUGAGACGCUCCGCUCAAAACAUGUACCUCCAUCUUCUACUCAAUCAGCUUUUUCGCCGUCGGCUGUCACUCUGGACUCACAUCUGUUUCUCGUGCGUCACUUGCUCAUCCUCAAGGAGAUUGUGCAGAGUCUCGAUCUUGAACAAAGAAGUCCAGACAAGCUCCUCGACUUCUCAGCAGUAACCGAUACCCUGGCGUCGAUGCUUGAGAGGACCUCAGCUCUGCUCCCUACGGCUCUGUUUGCCUCCCUCGGAAUGCCCCGAGACGAGAAUAUGUCCGACAUCCGGCAGGGCAUCGACCAGGAGCUGAAACGCGCCUGCGAAGACGUGAUUACAGCGGGCGCCGACAGCAUCGUCGGGCCCGUCCGCGCCUUCUAUGACCGCGUGGGGACCAUUGUCCGGCUGAACUCGGCGAACCCGUCGUCGGAGCUGCAGCAGCUGACGACGAAGCUGUGGGCGAUGCCGGGCACUGCACAAUCGCUGCUGGACUCAUUCCGCGCUGCGUGCGUGAAUGAGCCGCCGAAGAUCCUUGCGCGGCUGCGGUUGUACCUCGAGGACGAGCGCACCGUGCUCGUGCUCGCUGGGCACAUCUGCGACAAGGUGUGCGCGGACUACCGCCGCUGGGCAGAGAUGGCGAAGAUGAUGUUCGGCGGAGUCGUCGUACCACCGCCGGUGGAGGAGAUCAGACAGUUGCUUCUUUCUGCGGGUCGUUGGGAUCAGCCGUCGACUCCCCCUCACGGCAGAGAGGCAUCGCCGGCUGGUCAAGGCGAAGCAGCAUCCCCACCUAGCGGGGGUUCGAGGGCAAGUGGGGAGAUAAGAGCACGUGGAGAUUCGAGGGGAAGCGAAGAAGUAAGAGCAGCUGGCGACCCGAGAGCGAGUGGAGAUGUCAAACCAAACGGAGACUCGAAGGCUGGUUCAAAAGCAGGCUCAAAUAGCAGCUCGCAGCGCGCCGGCGGCUAA